AUGCCUUCAUUUUUGGGUUCGAUUUUGCUCGGUUUCGGUUUCGGUGUGGUGGCUGUUGUUGCCGUUCAAGCUCUGGCACUGUUAUGGAUAAUCAAACGGUUACGCCACAGCCACAAUCUCCAUGGCGAGCAAGCUCAUAAACUGGAAACUGAAUCAAACCAGCUUGAUCAUCAACAAUCUCUUCAUUUUGCGUCUCACAAGCAGGGUGUGGUUUGGGUCCUUGAAUCAGGAAAAAUUUCAAAAGAGCCCAAAAGAAAAGGGUUAUUGGAGGUUUCACCUAUUAAAAUGUAUGGAACAAUCAAGGGUGAGUCACUUAUUCUAAGAAAACCUGAUGGUUUGCAGCCACACUCAACAAUUGAACUCAAGAGUUGUACCGUUCAAGCCGUGUCAGCUUCAAACCUUUCUUCAAAAAAAUGGGCAAAAAAGUUCCCCAUCAAAGUGGAAAACAAGACCUCAGUAAUAUACAAUGGAAGUAAAACUCUAUAUUUGUAUCUGGAAACUUCAUGGGAAAAAGAAGCAUGGUGUAAGGCUCUCUAUCUGGCUUCAUCUGAAGAAAAAGAAAAAGUCAAAUGGUUCACCCAGGUGCAUGAGGACUUCCAUAGUUACCUGACAUCCUUAAAUUCCGUGUAUCAUUGUUUUAUGAAACCAUCAGUAGGAUUAAGUGUUGAGGCAAUAGAAAGGGAUAUAAAGCCUGAUGAUCCUUCCUCAAAAGUUCGUCAGUUUUUGAAAAAGAUCGCUAAAAAAACUUCCCGAGUUGGUUUAGAAAAUAAAUCUACAUGGGCUUCAUUGUCCGGCCAUGAAGGAAAAAAGAGCACUGAGAACCUUAGUGCAAGCCAAGAUGCAGUUUUGGGAACUGAUUCAACAUCAAAACAUCUUAAAAAUUCUUUAGUAGACAAUGCUACCCCAUUGGGAAGUGAGAAUAAUCACUCUGCCAGCUCUGAAAGAGAUGUUGAAAAGAAGUUUGAUAUUGAUGAGGGAACAUUAUGCUGGAAUUUAUUGAUUUCCCGACUCUUUUUUGAUGUCAAAGGCAGCAUGCAGUUGAAGAGAUCUUUGCAAGAAAGGAUUCAGAGAACAUUGUCAAAUAUGAGGACUCCCAGUUAUAUUGGUGAAAUCAUCUGCACUGACAUCAAUACUGGGAAUGUUCCACCUUGUAUUGUAGGAAUGAGGGUUCUUCCUAUGGAAAUGAGUGAGGUUUGGGCCUUAGAAGUUGACAUUGAAUAUUCUGGAGGAGCAGUAUUAGAGAUUGAAACAAGGCUUGAAGCUCGCGAACUUGAGCUCCAAACAAAGACAGAAGACUCAAAUUCGGAGCCAAGCAAUGUUGGGGCUGUCCCAUCAGAUCUUCUUGAAGGUUUUGAAUAUUUAGAAAAGCAAUUGAAACUUGAAGAAAGAGAUAAUGAUUUUCAAGGGCAAAAGGAUGAUGGUAAUCAAAACAAUGCAGAUGUAUCAAAGAGCUUUAAAAGCACAAUGUCUUUCUCAAAUGAUGGACCACGAUGGAAAUCAGUGUUAAAUUCUGUUGCCAAACAAGUUUCACAGGUUCCUCUCUCUUUGGCAAUAAAAGUAGCAUCCCUAAAAGGGACGUUGCGUUUGCAUAUAAAACCACCUCCCUCUGAUCAACUGUGGUAUGGUUUCACAUCAAUGCCAGACAUAGAUUUCAACUUGGAGUCUUCUGUUGGAGAAAAUAAGAUAACUACUGGGUACUUCUCUUCAUUAGUAGUCAAUAGGCUAAAGAGAGCAGUUUUGGAAAAUAUAGUUCUCCCAAAUUGUGAGAACAUAUGUAUCCCAUGGAUGUUAGCAGAAAAGGAAGAUUGGGUUCCUUCAAAUGUUGCUCCAUUCAUAUGGAUUAACCAAGAAUUUAGGAAUGAGACUUCCACUUCAAUUAAUACCAAUAAACAAUCUUCUGGUGGUGUGGAAGCUAGGUCAAAAGCUAGUGCAAGCACAUCAACUAAUGGUCAAACGAACAAACAACAAAAACCGAAGAAGAGUGUCGAAUCUAGUCAAGAACCAACUAGUAAAUCAUCAGAUUCUUUAGCACUACCAACAAGUUCAUCUGGUUCACAAACACUGGAGAGUAGCAGCCACUUGGAAGAACUGACAAUACCUUUAUUAGAGAAUGAGCAACCACAAGGUACUAGGGGUGCGAAAGAACCUACAUUACAGAAUGACAAUCAACUCGAAACUAGUGAAAACAAGAUGGAAAAUAAUUCAGAAGUUGUCUCACCACAAGGAAGUAUGGUGGUGGUGGAGAAACAAAAUCAUACCCUUGCCCAUGAAGAUGGACUUCCAAAGAAAAUGGGGAGAAAGGAAAGGAUGUUAGGUUUGGGGAAGAAAAUGGGGGAGAAGUUGGAAGAGAAAAGACGUCAUAUUGAAGAAAAGAGCAGGCACAUUGUUGAGAAGAUGCGAGGACCAUGA